AUGUUACCAGAAAUCAUUAAACAUGUUCAUUCUUAUUGGGAAAGACCAUAUACAAAAUGGGGAUUAAUUACGUGGGAGAAUUUUUAUGCUAACAAAUAUCCAAGCAAGACAAAACAAGAAUCACACGAUUCUUUCCGGUGCGAUUUAGAUGUUUUACUAAGUAAGCUUGAGCCGAAGACUGGUAUACAUGAUAAAGCCUUAGCUUUAAAAAGGGAUUUUUUAAACCUAAAGAAACGAAAAAGGUACAACGAAAAAGAAAAUUCCAUUAAUGAAAAUGACCCAAAAAAAACUAAAUACGAAAUUUCUACAGAAAGAAGGUUUCCUAACAAUAUUUCAUCGUGGAAUAAUUUUAAUUCUGAAGUACAAUCAUGGAACCCAGAGUCUGUGAAUAUAUAUAAAACACCAACCUUCAGCUCACGCACGAUCACAUGUGAAAAGGACAUAUGGACCGCUGCUGAGAUCAAUAUUCAUGACGUUCUAACCCCCCUGAAUAGAUCUAUAAGUUUUCUGGACGGCCGUAGUUUGCCAAAUGUAAUUGGAGAACCUGACUUCAUAGUGGUCAAUAAAAGCUAUACAGUAUUGAUGCCAAUUGAAUAUAAAACAUGUUGGGUCUUAAGAGUACCUUCCAAUAAACAUAUAGUUGAUCUUUAUCUGCAUGAGAAAGAUGUUCAAGAAGGAAAUAUCACAGGCUCCAAACACACUUCGGCUUAUGAUGCGAUAAAUCAAAUCUAUGGUUAUAUGUGUGUCAAUAAGUUGCGCUAUGGAGUUUUGUCAACAUUUGACCAAACGUUUUUUUUAAAAAGAAAUGUAAAAGGAAAUAAGGGCUUUUUACAAAUAUCGGAUGCUGUUACUAAUGUAUCAAUAGAGCCUACGUUGCUCAAAUCUAUCUCAUAUAUAAUUUCCCUUUCAUCAAAUAACCGGUAUUCCAAGUUUAUUGAUAAGCCAAUUAUGAUUACUAAAGAAUUAUCACCCGACACGUCCGAAGAAGAACAGAAGAACAUUAUAGCAUAUAAAUAUAAAGGGAAAAAAAUAUCUACAACAAAAGAACCAAAUGUUUUGACUCGAAAUCGAAGCC